AUGUCUCAUCACGAACUUGCCUGCGUAUAUGCCGCGUUAAUUCUGCAAGACGAUGAUGUCCCAAUAACUGAUGAAAAACUUACUACUUUGCUGAAGGCAGCUCACGUUGAUAUUGAGCCGUUCUGGCCUGGUCUUUUCGCAAAGGCACUUCAGGGCGUUGAUGUUAAAAGUCUGAUCGCAAAUGUUAGUAGUGGUGUUGGAGGCCCGGCAGCAGCUCCUACAGGAGCGGCACCAGCUGCAGCAUCUGGAGGUGCAGCUCCAGAAGCUGCUCCAGCAAAAGAAGAAAAGAAAGAGGAGCCAAAAGAGGAAUCUGAUGACGACAUGGGUUUUGGACUUUUCGAUUAA